AUGUCGGCGAUCCGAAUCGUUCACCCGAACCCGGACGUCAAGCGCGGCGUACAAUACUGGGAAGGCGUCGAAGCGAGCGUCGACGGCGUGCUGGGCGGCUUUGGCCAUGUCUCUCGCGUCGAAUCGCUGGGCUCGCGCUCGUUCCUUCUUGGCCUUCUCCCAUACCUCUCCUUCUGCGCACCUGCCUCGUCCAACGUGUCCUCCUUCCAGUGGAAGAAGGACCGUAUUGCAGAGCGUGGUGGCAAGGGCCGCGCCUGCACACGUGCGCUCGAUUGCGGCGCCGGCGUCGGCAGAGUGACCGAACACAGCCUGCUGCCCAUCUUCGACGAGGUGCACAUGGUCGAGCCCGUCGCCAAGUUCCUUCUCGAGGCAAAGAAGCAGUCUGCGUCAUGGGCGCCCAUCAAGACGCCGCCAAGCAGCUCGCCGUUCCAGGCGCGCAAGGCGGUUCACUUCCACUGCGCCACCCUCCAAGACAUCGACCCCAGCAAACCUUACUCCUCUGCCGCGCCUGUAGAUGGCGACAUCAUCCCUCCUACCGUAUCGAUCGACGACGAAGCAGCAUCAUCGAAGGAUGCGUCGGAAACGACAGCGGAGCAGAAAGGCGGCGUGGCCGGUUCGCAAGAUGAGCCAGUGACGUACGACUUGGUCUGGGCUCAGUGGUGUUUGCAGCAUCUUUCGGACAAGGACUUGAUAGCCUUUCUCCAACGUUCCAAGGCAGCACUCAAAGAAGGCGGCAUCAUCGGGAUCAAGGAAAACGUCUGCACGGAAGAAGCCGAUGGCACGGAACGCGUAUGGUACGACGACGAGGACCACAGCAUCACGCGCUCCACCAAGGCGUACGAGCGCGUCUUCACCGAGGCUGGCCUCGAAAUCGUCAAGUGCGAAGUGCAGGUGGGCAUGCCCGCCGAGCUCUUUGUCGUCAAAAUGUGGGCUCUGCGCUAG